AUGCUCAGCUCCUUGUGCCCUGAAACUCACUUCACCAGCCUGUGGAGCCCCACAAAGCAGGAAACUCUGCCUAUGACUCUCCAGGUCAGCCGCAGGGUGGAGGAAGGCAUCCUUGUGGAGCAUCCUGCAAAGGUGGUGGUGAGAGAGCGUUGCCGUUCUGUAAACAGCUACGAUCUUUUGUGGCUUUCUGUUCUUCAGGUGAAAAACGUGUUUUGUAUGAAGGCAAAGGAAGGCAGAAAAAGAUCAAUACGUGCCUUAGUGGCUAUUGGAAAUGGUAAAGGUGCUGCAGGUUUUGCACUGGGGAAAGCAAGUGACAGGAUGAAUGCUUUACGGAAAGCAAAGAAUAAAGCAAUACGCUGCUUACAUUUUAUCGAGCUAUAUCAGAAUCACACAAUUUACCAUGACAUUGCAGUGAGAUUUAAAACCACAAACAUCCGCAUGAAGAAGCAAAACAAAGGGUAUGGUCUUCGCUGCCACCGAGCUAUCAUCACCAUCUGCAAACUAAUUGGUAUUAAAGACAUGUACGCCAAAGUUUCUGGAUCCAAAAACUUGAUUAACAUUACCAGGGCUCUCUUUAAAGGCUUGACACAACAGGAGACUCACCAGCAGUUAGCGAACCAGAAGAAUCUAUGUGUAGUGGAGUUUCGGGAGGAGCAGGGCCCUCUGCCCAUCGUUGUGGCACUGCCUGAGGGACCUGUCCGUGAGGAUCCCGAGCCUGAAGAUGAGGUUCCAGACACAAAGCUGGACUGGAACGAUGUGAAAGAAGCUCAAGGAAUGAAGAAAUCUCCCUGGGUAAAUGUCAGACGGGCAGCAUGCUAA